AUGGUCCCAAAUGUGUGUAGAAGUCUUGGUUCUCAGCUGUUGGCACUACGGAGAGCCGACUGGAUCACAAGUGUGCCCGCUACAAGGAUGAAUGAGUCCCCUGCCUCGCCCACCCCAGGACCAGGGACCCCCACUCGGACCCCUUCCAGAACGGCGCCUGGAGCCCUGACUGCCAAACCCCCGGUUGCCCCCAAGCCGGGAACCACAGUGGCUUCAGGAGUGACUGCUCGGGGCGGAGCGGGACAGGUGACAGGUGGACAUGGAGCUGCUACGUCGGCCUCGGCCGGGCCCGCGCCGGAGGACCCCGCGGGGCCUGUCGCAGGCCCCCCCGGGACGUGUGAGGCUCCGGUGGCUGUGGUGACGGUGACCCCAGCCCCGGAGCCUGUUGAGAACUUUCAAGACCUGGGCUCCACGUCCAGCCUCGGACCUGGCAUCUCUGGGCCUCGAGGGCAAGCCCCGGACACCCUGAGCUACCUGGACUCCGUGAGCCUCAUGUCCGGGACCUUGGAGUCCUUGGCGGAUGAUGUGAGCUCCAUGGGUUCGGACUCGGAGAUAAAUGGGCUGGCCCUGCGCAAGACGGACAAGUAUGGUUUCCUUGGGGGCAGCCAGUACUCAGGCAGCCUAGAGAGCUCUAUUCCUGUGGAUGUGGCUCGGCAGAGGGAGCUCAAAUGGCUGGAAAUGUUCAGUAACUGGGAUAAGUGGCUGUCACGGCGUUUCCAGAAGGUAAAACUUCGCUGCCGGAAAGGGAUCCCCUCAUCUCUCAGAGCCAAGGCCUGACAGUACCUGUCUAAUAGCAAGGAACUUUUGGAGCAGAACCCGGGCAAGUUUGAGGAGCUGGAACGGGCCCCUGGGGACCCCAAGUGGCUGGAUGUGAUUGAGAAGGACUUGCAUCGCCAAUUCCCUUUCCAUGAAAUGUUUGCUGCUCGAGGAGGGCAUGGGCAACAGGACCUGUACCGCAUCCUGAAGGCCUACACCAUCUACAGGCCUGAUGAGGGUUACUGCCAGGCCCAGGCCCCCGUGGCCGCAGUCCUGCUCAUGCACAUGCCUGCUGAGCAAGCCUUCUGGUGCCUGGUACAGAUCUGCGACAAGUACCUCCCAGGUUACUACAGUGCGGGGCUGGAGGCCAUUCAGUUGGACGGAGAAAUCUUUUUUGCGCUCCUGCGCCGGGCUUCCCCGCUAGCACAUCGGCAUCUCCGGCGGCAGCGCAUUGACCCUGUGCUGUACAUGACAGAAUGGUUCAUGUGCAUCUUUGCCCGCACCCUCCCCUGGGCUUCAGUGCUGCGUGUCUGGGACAUGUUUUUCUGUAAAGGCGUUAAGAUCAUCUUCCGAGUGGCUCUGGUCUUGCUGAGACACACUUUGGGUACUGUGGAGAAGCUUCGUUCCUGUCAAGGCAUGUAUGAAACCAUGGAGCAGCUUCAAAACCUGCCACAACAGUGUAUGCAGGAGGACUUCCUGGUGCAUGAGGUAACCAACCUCCCAGUGACAGAAACAUUGAUUGAGCGAGAGAAUGCAGCCCAGCUGAAGAAAUGGCGGGAGACCAGGGGAGAGCUACAGUACCGGCCCUCACGGCGACUGCACGGCUCCCGAGCCAUCCACGAGGAGCACAGGCAGCAGCAGCCACCCCUGGGCCCUUCCUCCAGCUUCCUCAGCCUCCCUAGUCUUAAGAGCAGAGGCUCCCGGUCAGCUGGAGGGGCUCCUUCCCCACCACCUCCUGUCCGCAGGGCGAGUGCCGGCCUCGUCCCUGGGGCUGUCGUCACUGCUGAGGGACUGCAUCCGUCACUUCCUUCGCCCACUGGCAACAGCACCCCACUAGGCACCAGCAAGGAGGCACGGCGGCAGGAGAAAGAGCGGCAGAAACAGGUCAGAGAGGGAGUUAGGACGGGAGAUCAAAGAAGGACACCGCUUGACAAAGACCAGUGUGCUUACUGUAGGUAUUGAUGGACCACCAAGAAAAAGGUUCAGCUGGCAUCUGGACAGGACCCAAAGGGACCCCCCUACAAGUCCUAGCCCUUUGAACUGUUCGUGGAUGAGAACUCAGGCUUU